AUGAGAAGAGACAAAGGAAAGCAUCAGAAUCUCCUCCACCCAAACAAAGAUCCGAAUCGGCUGGCCCACGAAGCAAGAGGAGUCGGUCUCGAUCUGAAAGCCCCGGCAACAAGAGAGGGCGAGAAGAAACAAACGAAAGGCUCGAGCCUAGUAAAAGUAAAGGGAGUAAUAAAGGGCAUCGUUCAUCGUGAGUUGUGUUCGCCAUCCGAGAGACGCUCGCGUUCGCUAGAAAGACAGUCAUCGCAAAUAAAAUCCAAAAAUAGUGUAGAAGAAUCGCGUUCGAAAGAUGUCGGUGACCGUUCACCACAAAGAGAAUCCCGUAAAAUAGAACACAAACACAAGCACGCUGAACGCGACUCAUCUAGUGGCUCUGAGAAGGACGAGAUAAGAGCAGAAGAAGAGAAGAAAGCGAAGAAGAAGCAUAAGAAAAAGAAAUCAAAAGAAUCGAAAAAGAAGCACACUCAUUCGUCAUCUGAUGGCGAAGAUUCAGACGAAGAAACUCAUAAGAAGAAGAAAGCAAAGAAAUCCAAAAAGAAGAAGAAGCACAGUGAAAAACACAAAAAGAAGCACCACGAGUCGGAGAGCAGUGCAGCGUCAGGUCAUGAUUCUCAUGCCAGUGAGGAAGAAAAGAAGGAAAAGGAAAGAAAGAAGGCGGAUGAAACUAAAAAGACCGAGGAUAGGGGAAGAGAGCGAUCACCAGAGCUGAAAAGAGAACGCGAAAGAUUGAUAGAUGAGGAGAAGGAGGAGAAAAAGAGACGUUCCGACGAGCUUCUGGAAAAACCUGCAGAGAAGGAACGUCGCGAGAAAGAAAAGGAGAAAACAGAAAGGUUUAAAGGAGAAAGCCCAUCUGCCGAAGACCGAAAUGCUCGUCGACGAAAACACGAAUCUCUGACAGAGGAGUCACCUUCACCGGAAAAGAGAAAAACGCAAGCAGAAGAGAAGAAAAGAAGUGGA